UCCGUCUCUUUCUCUUGCAUCAUUCCAGUUUCCUUCUUUUCUUCCCCCAUACUGUUGAGCUUGAAAGGCCACUCUUUUAUUGUUCAACCUCGAGCCCACAAAGAUAUUGCCCUUCUCUCUCUCUAGAACCCAUUUUCAUCUUCUUCUUCCUCCUCCUCCAUCCCACUUUCAACGCCUCUCUCUCUCUCUCUCUCUCUUCUGGGAAGCUUGGAGGAAAAGGGUGUAGAAGAAGAUUAGGAGGAGGAGGAGGAGCAAAUGAAGAUCCAGUGCGACGUGUGCAAUAAGGACGAGGCGUCCGUGUUUUGCACCGCCGACGAGGCGGCGCUCUGUGGAUGCUGCGACCACCGCGUCCACCACGCCAACAAGCUCGCCUCCAAGCACCCGCGGUUUUCCCUUCUCUGUCCUUCCCCUAAGGAAUUCCCUCUCUGUGACGUCUGCCAGGAGAGGCGAGCGUUCUUGUUCUGUCAACAGGACCGAGCCAUUCUCUGCAGGGAGUGCGAUCUUCCUAUACACACGGCCAACGAGCAUACCCAGAAGCACAACAGGUUCUUGCUCACUGGAGUGAAGCUCUCUGCUACAUCGGAAGUCUACACAUCUGCUCCCAGUGAUGCCUCUCCGUCCAACGGAUGCGAUUUAGUCCCCGACUUCAAGUCCGAGGCAUCAUCGUCGGUCAAGAAGCCGGUCUCUGCUUCUGGGGCGAUUUCGGGCCCUCGAAAGGCAGCGCCCAGCGCGGCAUCGGCAGCAGUGGCUGCAUCCACGGCGAUGGUGAAUAACACGGAUGGGAUCAAUAACAGUAUGUUGGCCAGCCAGGAAAGCGGUUCAAACGGGUCAACGAGUAGCAUAUCAGAGUACUUGAUAGAGAUGCUGCCGGGCUGGCACUUUGAGGACGUCCUUGAUUCCUGCUCUGCUUCCUUGGGUUUCUGUAAGAAAGAUGAUAGUUUAUUGCCAUUCGCGGACAAUGAUCUUGAGAGGGAUAUGAGUUCCUUCUCAUCUAAAAGUUCGGGAAUUUGGGUCCCUCAAGCUCCAACCCCGGUGUGGUCUAAUCAGUUCUCUUUCCAAAAUGGUGGGAUCGUAGGAGGAUCCAAGCAGACGAAAGAGCCUGCAACCACGAGACCUGGCAAGAGGUGGAAUGAUGAUGUCUUUGCAGUUCCAGAAAUCAGCCCUUCAUCCGCUGGAUUCAAGAGAUCUAGACCCUUUUGAUUCAAUUCGAAAAGUUGGUGCUAUCCAUUUUGUGAAGAAGAUGAAGAAAGCCUCAAGCUAAUAUUUUUCUAACAUGGCUUUGAGUUUCCCUCUACUUUUUUUUAAUCUUCACCGUUUUGUUUGAUCUGUUCUAAGUUUGAUCUUUCCUUUGGUGUCUCCUUGUGAUCGACCCUUCCUGGGUUAAGGUCUGAUAAUUUUGUCCCUCUUCUGCUCUGUACUGGCGAAAAUGCUUGUAAAUAGAGUCACCGAACUUCACCUGUGCUUUUUCUCUCAACUAGUGGAAACCUCUUGUUCAGUUUCGGUACAGCGCGAAAAUUUCUGGUAGUCCUUUCUCCUCCUCCUUUUUGGGGGCCAAAUGUCUACUGUUGUCUGGUUCAAGUACAUUCAAGAGCAUUCAGGACAAGGAAAGAUCAUCUGCAAUCAUGGCUGCAAAAAGAAGUAAUGAGAGACAACCCGAUAUCUCUUUUUGGUCGUCCCCUUUCUGUAUUAUCUGGACCGUGACUGUUGGCAGUGGGAGGAGGAGGAAGAAGAAGAAGAUGAUGGGAAAGGAAUGAAAGUGGUGAUUAUGGUGGUGAUGGUUAUGAUGGGGAUCAGACAGAAAAGAUUGGAAGGGCGAGGCUGAAAAGUGGGGUGAAGAGCGGCUUUUGUCUCCAUUUAGAGAAUAAAAAAACAUUCAUCACGAGUCCUAAUUAUCUUUAAAGUACACUCUAUUGGAGGGAUAAAGCUCCAUUGCUUUACUCCCAUCUCUUCUCUUUUUUCCCCCUUUCAUUGCCAUGUACUGCGAUGAUAAUCACAGCUUAACAGCUGGGCUUAAACAUAA